AUGACCGACGCUACCUCUGCUGCCAACCUCGACACGUUCACCACCACGAACCUCGCCCUCGACCUCGAUGUCUCCUUUGCCACACAGACCAUUACCGGCAAGGCGACGCUGACGCUGACCAACAGCUCGUCCGAGCCUGCCGCCUCGGUCGUCCUCGACACCCGUGACCUGACCAUCUCGGGCGUGACGACGGCGGCGGGCGAGGCGUGCGAGUUUGCCCUCGGCGACGCCUGGGGCGCAGACGGCUGCCUCGGCGCUCCGCUCACCAUCACCCUCCCGCAGCCUGUCGCUCCCGCCGCCGCGCUGGAGCUCACCGUGGCGUACGCCACCUCGCCGGCGGCGUCGGCCCUCCAGUGGCUCGCCCCUGUCCAGACCGCCGGCGGCAAGCACCCGUACCUCAUGUCGCAGUGCCAGGCCAUCCACGCCCGCUCGCUCGUGCCGUGCCAGGACUCGCCGGCCAUCAAGGCCCCGUACUCGGCCACCGUCACCGCGCCGUCGCCGCUCCGCGUCGUCAUGUCCGCCCUCCUCGCCGACGAUCCCGCUGAGGCUGCGGCUGCCGGCGUGUGGCACUUCAACCAGCCGGUCCCCAUCCCGUCGUACCUCCUCGCCAUCGCCGUCGGCAACCUCGCCGAGAAGCCCGUCGGCCCGCGCUCGUCGGUCCUCUGCGAGCCCGAGCUCAUCGAUGCCUGCGAGUACGAGUUUGGCGAGCACACCGAGACCUUUGUCGCCGGCGGCGAGGACCUGCUUGGGCCCUACGUCUGGGGCCGCUACGACCUCCUUGUCCUCCCGCCCUCGUUUGCCUACGGCGGCAUGGAGAACCCGUGCACCACGUACGUGACCCCGACCCUCCUCGCCGGCGACCGCUCGCUCGUCAACGUCGUCGCCCACGAAAUCGGCCACUCAUGGAUGGGCAACCUUGUGACGUCAGCCUCGUGGUCCGACUUUUGGCUCAACGAGGGCCACACUGUCUACGUCGAGCGCCGCCUCCUCGGCAACCUCCACGGCGAGGCCUUCCGCCAGUUUGAGGCCAUGCAGGGCUGGGCCACCCUCUCCAAAACCGUCAACGACGUGUUUGGCGCCGACCACCCGUACACCUGCCUCGUCCCUGACCUUUCUGGCGGCAUCGAUCCCGACGACGUCUUCUCCUCGGUUCCGUACGAGAAGGGCUUUGCCCUCCUCUUCCACCUCGAGUCGCUCGUCGGCGGCAUCGAGCCAAUGGAGGCCUUCCUCAAGGCUUACGUCGCCGCUUUUGCCAACAAGUCGGUCACCACCGCUGAGUGGCAUGCCUUCUUCCUCGCCCACUUUGCCGACUCGGUCGACCCGGCCGUCCUCGACGCCAUCGACUGGCAGGCCUGGUUCCACGCCCCGGGCAUGCCGCCGGUCACUCCGGUGUUUGACGACUCGCUCGCCUUUGUCGGCGACGCUGCAGACAUCGCCGGCUGGCACUCGGGCCAGGUCGUCCAGGUUCUCGACGAUCUCGUCGCCGCCCAGGCCGACGGCGCUGUCAUCCCACCGCCCACCCUCGCCGCCCUCGACGCCGCCUAUGGCCUCUCGUCUUCAGGCAACUACGAGAUCCUCUUCGCCUGGGUCAUUCUCGCCAUCAAGACCGACUACGAGCCCAUCAUCGACGUUGCUGUCCGCCUCGUCACCUCGCAGGGCCGCAUGAAGUUCACCCGUCCUACCUACCGCGCCCUCCACGCCUCGACCAUCGGCAAGGACAUUGCUGUCGCCACCUUUACCGCCAAUCGCGAGCGCUACCACCCGAUCUGCGCCAAGAUGGUUGCCAAGGACCUCGGCCUCUAGCCCGCCCACGCCCAGCCUGCUGGCCACACGCUAAAUUCGCCGAGCGGCGGUGCCUACAGUGCCGACGAGUUGCCAACAAGCGCUCCGCCAUCGACCGGAAU